UUUCGAUGUGAUAAGAACAAUUUUAGAGAUACACAAUGAGUACAGCUGCAGAAAGAAAAUUUAUUAACAUCAGAAAAAGACUGGAUCAAUUGGGAUAUCGACAGCCUUUGAGUGUUGACUGUUUACCUUUGGUGGAAAAACUUUUCAGUGACCUUGUUCAUACAACAGAAAGUCUUCGGAAAACAAAGCUAUUUGCUGGAAAAGCUGAAAAAGAGAGUGCCAAUUUUGAUUAUGUUUUGGAACCCUAUAAGAAUGAAAAUGCUCGACUGACCAGGGAAAAUAAUGAACUACACCUGGAUUUAUUGAGGACAAAAGAACAAUCAGAAAUAAGUAUAAAAGAUUUGAAAGUCAAAUUAAGGAAAAUUGAGAGUGAGAUGGCUGACUUGAAGUUUCUGAAUAACCAGUAUGUUCAUAAAUUCAAAAUGUUGGAGAAGGAGAGCAAAGCCAAAAAUGAAAAAAUCCAGCAACUCCAAGAAAAGAACCUCCAAGCAGUGGUGCAGACCCCAGGUGGCAAGAAGAGAAGUAUUCCUUUUAGGCGUCAGCGUAUGCAGAUUGAUCAGCCUGUCCCCCCAUCUGGAAUCAGUGCUUAUCCAGUUCCUCAGCCAAAUGAUCCCUAUAUUGCAGACCUCCUGCAGGUGGCAGAUAACAGAAUCUUUGAGCUUCAAGAAGAAGUAUCUCACUUACAGGGCAAGUUAGUAGUUGUUGAAAAUGCAUUGGAAAAUUCUUGCAAACAGAUUGAGUUAAGAGAUCGAGAAAUAGAACGGCUCUCAGUUGCACUUGAUGGUGGUCGCUCCCAUGAUGUUCUCUCUCUGGAGGCCAGAAAUCAAAGUAAUGAGAAGCUUAUUACUCACUUGAAUAUUCAGAUUGAUUUCCUUCAGCAAACAAAUAGAGACCUGGAGAAUCGUAUACAAGAACUCUUGGACAGCAAGAAAACUGUAACCAGUGAAGUUCUUACUUUAAGUAACAAAAAUGAAACACUCUCUCGUAGAUUGAAUGAAAUAGACCAUAUAGCACAUCAGAUGGAAAGACAUAGAGAAGAAAUUCUUGAGACUACAGAUAAACAGCUUGUGGAAGCUAAGCUAGAAAUUAAAAGACUUCACUGUGAAAUGCAGGCCCUUGAAGAAACAGUAGCAAAACUUAAAAUGGAAUUAAGCUUAUGCCAUAAAGAAAGAGCACGAUUGGCUGAUGAAAUAAUUUUAAAAACAGAUCUUGAGACAAUUAUCAAUCAGAUUGAACAAGAAAAAAAUAGACUUGCCCGAAAAGUUGAAAACUUUGCAAAUAUAGAAAGAGAACUUGUCCUGGAAUUAGAGAGAAUGAAGAAAGAAUAUGGUGUAACAAAUAGGAAAAAGUCACCUUCUCGUCUAGAUGUAUUUGUCAAGAGUGUAGAAGAAGAACGAGAUCAUUAUAAGAAAGAGCUAGAAAGACUCCAAAAGAUAAUGAAACGCAGAUCUAUACCUGCACGAAGUUCAAGACGUGAAAGAAGUUUAAGUAUUAAAAGUCCAGAAAAGGGUACUUAUAUUUCAGAACUCAGCAUGAUCACAAAAGAGAGAGAUGAACUUCAGUCUAUGCUGGAUAGAUUUGAAAACCACAUGGGAGAAAUACAGUGUAAUGUGAAACUAUUAACUGCAGAAAGAGAUAAACUGAGUGACCUAUAUAAUCAAGCACAGCAUGAUUUAUGUACACUAAGAAAGGAAGCGACCUAUUCUUUGCCAUCCCAAGAUAUUCUUUGUCUUAUGGAAAAAGAAAAAGAGACUGCAUUAUCUGACUUGAGGCUAAUGAUUGUAGAAAAGGAAGCUUUAAGAGAGAAGUUAAAGAAUCUACAGGAAUUGGCUAUUAUGGGAAAAUCAGAAAUGGAAAAAAAUUUGGAAGAUCUGGAAAACAUUAAUUAUGAGCUUGAAACUGAAAGGUGUGAUUUGAAAUCUAAAGUGUCAAUGAUGAAAGAGACAAUAGAGUCAUUAGAGAAUAAAUUGAAACUCCAGUAUCAUAAACUUAUACAUGUUGCUGAUGACUCAUCACAACAGAAAACAACAGUGAACUCACUGAGGAUAAUCAAUGAACAGCUGCAGAGAGCUGUUGAUGAUUGUCAGCACCGAUUUGCAGUUAAAAGUGAAGAACUUCAAGCAGCCCAAAUGCAGAUUGCAUCCCUAGAGGAAAAAAUAAAUAGGCUAACCUGUAAGAUUACUUCACAAGAUGAGGAGCUAGUUGCACUUAAAAAUACCAUUUGUGUUAUUGAUAAGGAGAAAGACUACCUUCAGGAAGUGGUAGAUGAAAAGACAGAACAAAUCGCUAACUCAGAAGAUGAUAUUGCAAGUAAGGAAAAAGCUAUUUCCCAUUUACAAGUAACACUAUCAGAGGUGGAGUCAACAAUAGGACGACUACAGGACUUACUAAGUAAUCGAGAACGUGAGCUAGUCAGUCUCCAGCGCCAGCUUGAAGAAACCCAAAGAGAACUUGCUGACAUAGGAAGAGCAAAGGAAAUAGCUCUUAAGGAAAACAGAAGAUUACAAGAUGAUUUGGCUACAAUGACAAGAGAAAACCAGGCGAUUUCACUGGAAUUGGAACAAGCAGUUCAGGAAAAAGAAGAAAUGAAGAACAGAGUUCAUAAUUAUAUAACGGAAGUUUCCAGAUGUGAAAGCCUCAUGGCUGCUAAGGAGCAAGAAAAUCAAGAUUUAUUAGAUAAAUUCCAGAUGCUUCAUAGUCGAGCUGAAGACUUACAGAUAAAGGCUCAUCAUGCUGAAGGAGAAAGUAGCUCAAUACGACUUGAGCUUCUCUCAGUUGAUACAGAUAGGAGACAUCUGCGAGAGAGAGUGGACCUUUUAGAAAAAGAAAUUCAAGAGCAUAUAAAUGCUCACCAUGCUUAUGAAACUCAAAUAUCCUCAAUGACAAAAGCUUUGUCUAGAUUGGAGGAAAAACUCAGAUGUGAACAUGAUGAAAAAGCAUCAAUUUUAACGGACUUGUCCUCUCUGAGAGAACUUUGCAUUAAACUUGAUUCAGGCAAAGAAUUCAUUGCUCGGCAGUUGGCCUCCAAAAACAUGGAGUAUGAGAGGGCCUUGGAAGAAGUAGAAACCAUAAAAACAGAAGCAGAGAUAUUAAAAAAACAAUUGUCAAGUGAGAGAAUUACAGUUGACAACCUUGAAACAUUGUUGGCUACUAAUAGAGACAAAGAAUUUCACUCUCAUAUAACUUCACAUGAGAAAGAUUCAGAAAUUCUUCGACUUAAAGACAUGUUAACCCUUUCUGAGAGCAAGCUAACCAGACACAUCCAAGAGACUAAUACACUUCGAGCUAAAAUUACACAAUUGCAAUCAGACAACGAGCUUUUAAAAAGGCAGCUUACAGCUGAGCAAUUUGAACGAGAACGAGCAAUUCAGGAGAUGCGUCGACAUGGUCUUGCUACAACUUUAUGGACCUCUUCUCCAUGUAGAUCUCCUUCACGCAGGUCUCCUUCACGUCGGUCUCCUUCACAUUCACCUGAUCACUCACACCUGAGAUAGGUAACAGAUAGAGUUAUUAUCUCCAAAGACUAGGCCAUAUGGAUCUUUUAAGACAGAGCAGUUCCGGAAACAUUAACUGUCUUUGAAGUACUUAUUCCUGAAAAUCAUGAAGGUUGGCAUGGAUUCUACCUCUGUCAAGUUUUCUUUAAAUCAAUGAAUAUUUGUUUGGAGAGAGACCUUUUUUUAAUGUGCUUGUAUACAUUUUCAAUGGCAGGAUAUAGAUAGAAUGUGUACUAGUUGUAAUAACUGAUAGGAUACGUGUGUUGUUUUCACUAUCCUUAAAUUGAAUAGCUCCCCAAAGUUUAUUUAUACUGUGAACUAAUAUAUAACAAUAUGCAUAUUUUGCUUUGAUUACCUGUGUUUUUAUAAAUAUUCUAAUAUAAAUAUGUAUGUAUACAAUGUUUUUUUAAUUGUAUUUGUACUUUUUAUAUCCAUGUUUAAUUAUUUCACAACUUCCACGCAUUUGUGAAGAGUAGUCAACCUUGAUAUUAUGCCAUCACCCUUAAUUUUUUUCUUCAAAUGUAAAAUUAAUAGUUCAUUCACAGAUUUUUUUUUUUUGCUGCCUAUCACUGGAAUGGGGUGGUGAUGUAUUUAUUCAGGUCUUAUGUUGUAACAAGAGUCUAUGUGAAGUAAGUAAUGACUCACAUUAUUUUAAAAUAUUUUUGUAUAACCAAUGAGAAGUAUUGUGAUGAAGAAGGUAUAUUUUUAUGUAUUAUUUAUAAUAUUAUAACAUUUUAUACUAACACAUGAACUUUUUUUCACGGUUCAGAUUUUUCUAAAAUGAGACUGAAAGGCUUUCUUCUAAAUGAACUUUCAUAAAAAGGAAAGAUCUAGAAAAUUUUCCAAAUGAAAUUCUUCAGAGAGUAAACUAGAAAUCUUUAGGAUUUAAAAAAAUCUACAAGGUAAAUUUAGUAAAAUAGUUUAAAAUUGCAGCAUACUUCUAGCAGCGCUUAUCAUUUUUUCUUCUGAGAUUGUAUAUUACAAUUUAUUUAAUGGUUUCAAGUUAUCCUUUCAAAGAAUUUAGGCAUGUGUAAGUAGUAACAAAAGGAAUUUUAAAAAAUACUUCAAUUACUAAAACUAAUAGCAAAAAAGCCAUACACACUGAAAAAGGCAGAGACUUAAAUUUUAUUACAGUAAAAUCUAGUAUAGAAAAAUAAGAUAGCCAGUUAUUUAGAUAUCUUCUACUUCUCACCAUAGUUUAAUAGAAAAUUUUGUUUUGUAGUGUUUUUCUAUUUAGGAAAAAAACCCUCUAAUAUUAUGCUUUAAAUGUUCCAUAUCUGACCUUUGUAAUAGCUCAAUGCAUAUAUAUAUGCAUGUGUGUUAUGGCUUAUUUUUCCAUGUUAUUUGAUAUAGUAGUUGUUUACAUGCCAUUUCACUAAUGUGAAUUCUUGGAUUGUUGCGAAAUGCGAGCAAGAGAAAUAGUACUGUUCCCAGUAUUAUAGGCAAAACAUUUAAAUAAGUAAUUAUACAUAGAAUAAGAGAAAUAAUUGUUUUUAUUGUCUUUUAAUCUACCUUCCAAUGUAACAGUUAGAAAUUUUUGUUAGCUAUUUUAUUUUUAUAUCUUCAAUUAUAAUUUCUUAUUUUUAUUUAUAUUUUAGCUAUAAUUUUAAUUUUCAUAACCAUGAUAUCAUAAGUGGAAGAAGCAGUACUAUUUUAUCUCUUAAAAUACAAUGUGUUCUGAUCCUAAAUAUUUAUUUACAAUCAUGCAGUUUGUUGCAGAUAUUUCAUUCCUGUAUAUAUGAGGUUAAUAUCAUUCAUAAUAGUCUUACGAAAAUGCAACAGCUCCUGUUCUAACAAAUCUGUUAAAACAUGAAUAGACCACAAGUCAAAUACACUAAAUUAGUUUCAUAACAUUUGUAAAUGAUGAAAUGGCAAAUGUAAGACUACUUUGCUUGAUUUCUGUUUUUAUUUGCUUGUUUUGUGAAAGCCAUUCAAAAAUAU